AUGCGGCUCGAGGUGCGCGCGCUCCCGAGCUUCGAUCGGGCCGGCCGCCGGCAUCAAAGCUUUUACUGCCGUGGUGACGGCGCGCAGCUCGCGGCCUUCCUCUCGCAGCCGUUGAAGUUGUUGCCUGAGGCUGUCGAGGGGGCGGAGCCGGCCAUCUUCAUCCCCGGCUCGUGGCAGACGGCGCCGCAGCAGGAGUCAGGCGACCGGAGCGAGGAGAUGCUGGCACAAGUGGCUGAGGCGGCUGCCACGCUCUCGUCUGGAGAUAGCAAGUCGGCGCAGCAACUGCUGCAGCAGAUGCUGGCGGGUGCAGCGGAUGCGCACGAGCGGGCAAUGUACCUGCUCGCGAUGCGCGACGCGAAUAGAAAGCGCAGCAACGACGCGUUCGUAGCGCGCCGCGAGAAGCGCGCCGCGUAUCUCGCCAAAGAAGUGGCGCGGCAGCGGAGCGCCUGCAGUGCGGAGGCGACGGAGCAUGCGGCCAACCUGGCGGCGCUUGAGGCGCUGCAGGGCGAGGCGUGCGAGUGGCUGCGAAUGAUAGAGGGCUGCGACGAGGGGGAUCAGACCGAGGGCGGCACCGGCGACAUCUUUGAGGCUACCGCCCGGCGCCUCUCCUCCGCUGCUCGUGACUCACUGGUGGAGGCGGGCGAGGCCGAGGCGGCGGGCGACGAUCCCGAUUACGAAUCUGGGCCUCGUGAGAGCCAGCGAACUUGGCUCGACACUCAGGCGGCGGAGGCUUACGACGCGCAGGAGCCCGAGCCGUGCGAGCCCGAGGCAGAUAUGAUAGUCCGCGGGCCUCGCGUCAUCACCCUCCACGCGGUGAGGCCAAAGCGCUAUUCGUUCUCGCGCAGGCCGGCCAGGAUGACGGCGGAGGCACGCGACGUCAUCGUUCGCAUCUGA